GAACAAAUCUGGGCAGCUUUUCUCACUUUGUCCACUCUCUCUCUCUUCUUGCCACCUUUUCUAUCAAGGUGGCAAAUAAAAGUUUACAUCAAGAAUCAUUUUUUUUUUCUCAAAUAUUUUUUUCAUAUACCUAAAAAGAAAAAAAUGAGUCUGUUUGGUCUUGGAAGGAACCAGAGAACAUUCCGACCCAAAAAGACUGCACCCUCAGGGAGUAAGGGUGCACAGUUAAGAAAGCACAUUGAUUCUACAUUAGGCAGUGGAAACUUGAGAGAGGCCGUGAGGCUUCCUCCUGGGGAAGAUAUUAAUGAAUGGCUAGCUGUCAACACUGUAGAUUUCUUCAACCAGGUGAAUCUACUUUAUGGCACCCUCACUGAGUUCUGUACGCCAGAAAACUGCCCGACAAUGACUGCAGGCCCCAAGUAUGAGUAUAGGUGGGCUGAUGGUGUACAGAUUAAGAAGCCUAUUGAAGUUUCGGCUCCGAAAUAUGUUGAAUAUUUGAUGGACUGGAUUGAAACUCAAUUGGAUGACGAAUCUUUAUUUCCUCAAAGGCUUGGUGCACCUUUUCCUCCUAACUUCAAGGAUGUUGUCAAGACAAUAUUCAAACGCCUCUUUCGUGUAUAUGCUCAUAUUUAUCACUCCCAUUUUCAGAAGAUUGUGAGUCUUAAGGAGGAAGCCCAUUUGAAUACGUGCUUCAAACACUUCAUACUCUUCACCCAUGAGUUUGUGCUGAUUGACAAAAAAGAGCUGGCUCCACUCCAAGAACUCAUAGAAUCUAUUAUUGUUCCUUACUGAACAUCUUCUUUCUGUUUGCUUUUAAACCUGUUUUAAUAGGAAAUUGAAUAGUAGUAUGAUGUGAAUAAAAAUGUAUUUAUAGUCUUCUAUAUGUAGCCUAAGGUGACAUUUUAAUGAUGUGCAUGCUAAUAUUAUUGGGGACAGUUUAGAAGUUUGAUUACAGAAAAUUUCAAUAUUUUACAUAAUUACUGAAAAUUUUGA